UUAGUUACUAUCAAUAUGCAGAGGAAAGAAGUUGCAGUAGUGUUUUAAAUCAUCAAAAUAUUGCAAGAUACUGCAACUACUAUAUGUGACAGCAUGUACUAUAUCAACAAUGCAACUUUAGAGGGUUUUUUUUAACAGGGAUUCAUAGUAAUAUGUGUAUCCCAAUAACAGCAUUGUAAGCUAGCUCAAAUUAACUUGUUUUCUCGUGUCAUAAUGCACAGAAAGGGGAAAGAAAUAUGUGUUCAUGUUUCGAUUGUGUAUAAUGGGCAAAAUUCCCCAAAAGUGCACUUCUCCUUUAAGGCGUCAGCUAGUGAAGUUUAACCAAAUUACUAUCCCAACUCCAUCAGUUGGCAUCUGUUACUCAUAGUCACAUCAAUUCUGUUUGUUUAUUCUGUUGUUCUAACAGGGAAAAUUAAGAUUAAAACCUUUAGAAGUUUAUAAACCGUUGAGUCUUGUGGCUCCAGACUACAUUUCUUUCGUGAGGGAGCAAAAUGCCUUUCGGUAAUAAAGGUUGCAGAUCCCUGGGGCCAUAUAGGAAGAGACAUUUGUGGUUGUACUCACAGUGUAUCAGGUCCACGUGGAGCAAAACCGUCAUCCUCAGAACAAAAGAGGUCACAUGCUCAAGUAAAGUCAUCGCCAUUGUGUUUACACUAUGAGAACUACUCUGUGAGAACGUACAACCUCUCCUUGACUGUAAAGUGGAGGCUGUCCCGGAUUAAAGCCGGUGCAUCCAGAUGCUGAGGAUGGAUUCUGAUCUACAGAGCCGGUCGGACCGGUCGCUGUUUCCCUCGAGGCGUCAAAAUGCUUCCGCCUUCGCCUCGCUUCCUCCAAUUAUGACAUCAGCCACUGAAGGCAACAAUGUCCUGUAAUUUCCCUGUGUUUUCUUUGCAAAUAGGGGGAGUCCUAUGCGUGACUGCUGUUCUUGUCAGAGACACUGAUGAUUUAAAAUCACACGUGACAGGGGGACGCUUUGUAUAGCACCACUGCUGUAGAAAUUAAAAGUUUGGCAGCUCUCAGGGACGCCCCAACUAGGCUGGGGCCCCAAGAAGUCGCCGGCAUUGCUUGAUGGCAAGCAGCGCCCCUGCUUCCAAUCAUUCAAACCUAUAUUCAACUUUGAACUCAUGCCGGGAUAAAUCAUUGACUGUGGCCAACCAUAAAACUAUAAAACACACACACAGAGAAAGUGCUUGAUGGUGAUGAUGAUGUUCUAUGUCACAUGAGGUUGACCAAAAUGGCGGACCAGGAUGUCCCUAUAUGGACAUUCACACGCUUGGUCAGGUUUGUUUCACAUUCGUCAUAAAAGGUUCUGAUGAACAGUGACCUCCAUUAAGAUGUUAAUGAAACAGCACUUCUUCUGGAAGUCUUGACGGUUCCGUGGCACAGGUGAGCCAUCUUGCUUUUUUGCUCGCUCUCUCUUUUGGGCCCAUAUAUGGAUUUUGAGGUUACUGGGGCGUGGCUGUUGCUAUGAUGAACGAUACUGCAUGGGGUGGCGGGCGGGUUCUGCACUUUAUGGCCCCCCGAUCCCGGUCAGAGGACAAAGUCUUCUUCUUUCCACAGAUGCCCCAACGCCUUCACUGGUGUUUGCCGUGAGAUCCUCGUUUCUUUUGUCUCUCUUUUGGGCCCACCUGAGUUUGAGUGACACGAUGUCGACGUCUGUGGAGGCCACCGGCUUCAUCAUGUGCAUCGUCAGCUGGCUGAUCACAGGAGCGUCCCUGGCUAACGAUUACUGGAAGAUCUCCACCGUGUCGGGCAGCGUCAUCAUCUCCCAGAGGCAGUUUGAGAACCUGUGGCACUCCUGUGCCGAGAACAGUGCAGGCAUCGCUGAGUGUCGAGACUUCGAGUCACUGCUCUCUCUGCCUGGCCACGUGCAGGCGUGUCGGGCGCUGAUGAUUGUGUCCCUGCUGCUGGGCCUGGCCUCCAUGGUCAUCUCCCUGCUCGGACUCAAGUGCAUCAAGAUCGGCUCUGCCAGCGAAACAUCCAAGGCCAAGCUCGCCGGCACCGGAGGCAUCCUGAGCAUCCUCGCUGGUCUUUGCUGCAUGAUCGCAUGCUCCUGGUAUGCCAGCAGUGUGGUGCAGGACUUCUACAACCCGCUAUACGUUGGUGUCAAGUUUGAGCUGGGUGUGGGCCUCUACCUGGGAUGGGGGGCCGCCUCUCUGGCCAUAGUGGGAGGCGGCUUGCUUUGCUCCGCCUGCAAAAGGGCGUCAGCUAGCGGGAAAAAAGGCGGUUUCUAUGGAAACAGUCAACCACAGAAGGUGUACAAGCCUACAGCAAAGUCAGAGGCAGAAUCAGCCAGAGCUUACGUCUGAAAACACACACUCUGAUGUGGAAUGUGACAAUGUAUGGUUGAAUAGUUAGAAAUAAUCUUUUUGUUUAUGUGAUCUCAGUCAUGUUUGUAUGAUGGGAAUAAAUGAACCUUUUUACUGUGUGUCUGUGGUUUAUUUAAAAGGACAACAACUCCAUGAUGACCUUUCUGUGUGUGUGUGUGUAAUCACACUG